AUGUCAAGAACUACAAGAAAGAAAUUGAAAGACGAUGAUAUAGAAAAUAUGCUAAUGCGGUUAGAGGCUGGCGAAAUUUCAGAAGACGAUGCCGAAUCAGAUGAGGAUGACUUGGAUUUCUAUCCGUCUCGCAAAGAUCUACAAGCCGUACUCGAAGAUAAAGAAGUAAGUGAUGAAGAGGAAGUGCCUGAAACUGAAGAAUGCCCGGAUCCUCCCCUGGUUCAUGAAGAAAUCUAUCAACAAGCUUCGACUUCUCGGUCUAAUGUAUUUCCGCAAAUAAAUACACGAAAUUUGAUUUGGAAAAAACGCUCUUUGGAGUAUAAAGAGGAAUCAAUUGCUUUCUUGGGUAGUACAGAAUUAGGACCUGAACUAAUGAAACUAGAAACCCCACUGCAGUUCUUUUCACAGUACUUUUCAGAAGACUUGUUGAAAAAAAUUGUUGAAGAAACCAAUAAAUAUUCGACGCAGACCAAUAUUGAUCGCCCCGUUUUAGACGAAAUUAAAUCUAGAGCUGAACAAAAUAUAACAAUAGCACAAAACAUGGCUGAUCUCAACCUACUUACAUCCACUACUUCACAUAUAACUACAAUAUGUGAUAGUCCAGACAAACAGAUCUCUGAUAAUCUCCAAGAGAGACCUUUUCUGUGGGAUAAGACCGAAGACGUCUAUGAAGACAAAAACUUAAAGUUAGCAGCAUGGCGUGAAGUAUGUUUAAUACUGAAACCAAACUUCGAUGAACUGGAUGAAAAAGAAAGAAAACAGUACGGCAAACAGGUUUCAACUAAAUUGAAUAAUAUACGAGAUUCGUGGCUUAAGACAGUAAAGAAACAAAAAGAUGAGUCUAAAUCUACAUCUUCGGCCAAAAAGACACGAAAUUAUUUAUAUCACGAGCAAUUAAUGUUUUUGAUAAAAGUCUCCGAACCUCGACCACCACAUGAGUCAGUUUCAAAAAAAGCAAGAACCGAGACUGAAGUAGGCAUGGAAUCAGAUUUUCGUUCACCUUUAGUUAAAGAUAAAAGAAAAAUUGAUAAUAAAGAGGUAAAUAACAGGAUGGUAAAGUUUUUGGACUCCAGAAUAAACCCAGAAAAGGAAAACCAUCAUCUGUCUUUCUUCAAAGGCAUUAUACCAAUCUUGAACACUAUAACUAUCGAAGAGACUUUAGAAUUUCAAGCUAGCGUCAUGACAAUGUUGCAAAAAAUUAAAAGUAGGAAUUAUGAGAGACCAAAUUACGGACAUUGGCGUGAUUCAUAUUAUAAUCAGAUGACCGGACCAGAUCAGUAUUCUGGAUACUACACACAUAAUAGCGUCAAUCAACAGGCAACACCUACGCAUAUCAACACCACCCUGGAUUUUCUACGCAAUAAUAAUAGUCCAACAACAUCUAUACCAUCAACUUCAUCUCAGACAUCGAAUCCGAUUCCAGCUUCGCCAUCAGCAUCUAGUAAUCAUUCCAUACAUUCCCAAGUCUCAGAUUAUUUAGAUUUUGAAGGGAUUUAA